GAGUGAGCUUUGGAUAAUCAUAAACUUAGAUGGCCAUCAAAAUAUUCAAUUUUUGUUUUCUAACAUUCUUUCUAAGUUAUGGCAUGCUAAUUUCAACACUGUCUCUUGAUAAUAUAUGUUUAUCAAAAGAACAUGUUGCAUUAUUUGUGUUUGGAGAUUCAUUUUUUGAUGUUGGAAACAAUAAUUACAUCAAUACUACUGCUAAUAAUCUAGCAAAUUACUCACCAUAUGGUGAAACAUUCUUCAAGUAUCCAACGGGUAGAUUUUCUGAUGGACGUGUCAUUCCAGAUUUCAUAGCUGAGUAUGCUAAGUUACCGUUAAUUCAACCAUAUCUAUUUCCUGGCUCCCAAGAAUAUGUUAAUGGAAUCAAUUUUGCAUCAGCAGGUGCUGGAGCUUUGGUAGAAACCCAUAAAGGACUGGUGAUAGAUCUACAUACUCAAUUAACUUAUUUCAAGAAUGUUAAAAAGAUAUUGAGGGAGAAACAUGGAGAUGAAGAGACCACAACUUUGCUGGCUAGGGCUGUUUACUUGAUUACCAUCGGAAGUAAUGACUAUUUUGCAGAAAAUUCUACCGUAUAUACUCAUGAAAAAUACGUAUCCAUGGUAGUUGGUAAUCUUACAACCGUGAUCAAAGGAAUACAUGAAAUGGGAGGGAGAAAAUUUGGGAUUCUUAACCAACCAUCUCUAGGUUGUUUUCCAAUUAUUAAGGCUGCUAUAAAUGGAACUAAAGAUGCGUGCAGAGAAGAGUAUUCAUCAUCUGCAAAAUUACAUAACAUUGUGCUUUCUGUUGAACUCCAGAAGUUAGAGAAACAAAUCAAAGGAUUUAAAUAUUCAUAUUUUAAUUUCUUUGAUAUAUCUUUUGAAGUGAUAAAUAACCCUUCAAAUUUUGGUUUGAAAGAAGGUGGAGCAGCAUGUUGUGGUAGCGGUCCUUACAAGGGAUAUUAUAGUUGUGGAGGUAAAAGAGAAGUGAAAGAUUAUGACUUGUGUGAGAUGCCUUCUGAAUAUGUGUUCUUUGAUGCUAUUCAUCCUACUGAAAGUGCUAGUAAAAUUAUUUCUCAGUUUAUGUGGAGUGGAAAUCAAAGUAUCGCUGGCCCUUACAAUCUCAAAACAUUAUUUGAAGGAUAAUUCAACUAUAUGUGUAUGUGUGUGCAAGUAAAUGCAUGCCUUCAAUGGCACGCGUGCAACCAAAUAUAUAGAUAAAAUAAAUUUAUUAGUAUUUUCUUGAUGUGUAAAUGUAACAAUAUACUAUACAAUGUGUCAUUUCCUUGUUUGUUACUUAUCAAUCCCUAAUGUUAUCCCUUCAUCAAUUGCUUUUCAUUUUUUUAUUAGAUUAGAUAUAAUAUUUACAUUGCAUUAUGUUAUUGUUUUGGAGUA